AUGUCCGACCUUAAAUCGAUCCCCGAACGUUGGGCCGCAGCGUGGUCCCAGGACAACACUGCGGCAUUCGUAGAGCUCUUCAGUCCCAAAGCUGUCUACACCGACCACGCCUUCCAAGUCAUCUCGACCAACAUUCGCGACCACCACAAGAUCUGGCGCGUCGCCAACCCAGACUUCAGGGUCAUUUUAGACCCCUCUACGCCAAUCUGGUGGGCUGGCGACGUCGACGAGCACGGGAAGAAUGGCAGCUGCAGCUUCAGGACUAUAAACUACGGGACAAACACGGGAGACCUGCCGACGAGGAAGGCGUCGGGGAAAAACUUCCAGUUCUCAGCAAUGCUCCAUUUGACAAUCAAGGACGGCCUGAUUAUAUUGAUGGAUGAGUUCUAUCGGGACACCUUUGAUGAGAGUGUACCGAUCGAGAAAUUUAGGAUACACGAUUCUUGA